AUGGUUCUCGGCCACUUGACCGGCCAUAGGCGGCACUCCACAUCGAGUGCCCGAUCCUCGACCGAAGAAAGCAGAGAAAGGGGGGAUUCGGUCAACGACAAGGAUGAAGAAGCUUUGGAUUCAGAGCAGGGAAACGUGCUCUCGCACAUCAUCUCCCAAUUACGACCCGGCGCAGACCUUAGUCGAGUGACGCUGCCUACCUUCAUACUGGAGCCGCGCUCUAUGCUGGAGAGGAUCACAAACUUCAUGGCCCAUCCGGAAUUGAUGCUGCCCAUGCCGAAGAUUCAAGACCCUGUCCAGCGUUUUGUAGCAGUCACGAGGUUCUAUCUCAGUGGCUGGCACAUCAAGCCUCCGGGUGUCAAGAAGCCAUUGAACCCCAUUCUCGGCGAAACAUUCACAGGCUACUGGGAGUAUCCGGACAACACCAAAGGCUACUACAUUGCCGAACAGACCUCACAUCAUCCGCCCAAGUCGAGCUACUUCUUCAUGGCUCCAGAGCACUACAUCCGGAUUGACGGCUGUCUGAAACCGCGCAGCAAGUUUCUCGGGAACUCUGCAGCCAGUUUGAUGGAGGGCAUAGCUGUAAUGCGGUUUCUGAACCACGGAGAGCGCUAUUUCGUAACACAACCGAACAUGUACGCACGAGGCAUACUGUUCGGUAAGAUGAAGUACGAGCUUGGAGACCACGCCUACAUUCGAUGUCCCGAAACCGGUUUGAGUGCCGAUAUUGAGUUCAAGGUCAAGGGUUGGGUGAGCGGAGGCUAUGAUGCUAUCGAGGGCUCCAUCAAGGACGCCAACGACAAGGCCCUGUUUGAGCUUUCUGGAACCUGGAAUGGCGCUAUGUACAUCAAAGACCUGGCGACAGGCAAGAAAGAGCUUCUCUUCGACGCUACAAACGCCAAAGAGACGCCGCCAUCCACGAGACCAUUGAGCGAGCAGAGAGACCGGGAAUCGCAGAAGCUGUGGGCGAAGGUGACAGCGGCCAUCAAGAAAAGGGACCAGAGCACAGCGACCGACGAAAAGGCCAAGAUCGAGGACAGGCAGAGGGAAGAGGCAGCAGAACGCGCAGACAACGGCGUUGAUUGGCAGCCGAGUCUCUUCAGACGUGUCAGAGGCGGUCGUGGUGGCUCUGAGGAGGGUGAGGAGGAUUUGGAGUGGAUACUCAAUGCCAAGAUCGAUGGUAGGACUCCGGAAGAGCAGACCAAGCAGAUUCUACAAGUAGCGGCAAUACUACCCGGUCAGACUCCGGAGAGGAGGUUCUCGAUUCCGGGGCGGCAUCUACAUUCGGAUCAGGUACACCCAGGAAAUCAACAGCAAGCACAGCCUAUAUAUCAGCAGCAGGCGCAACCGACUUAUCAACAGAAGGCACAACCGCCAGCGCCGCAGCAGCAACAGCAUCACGGAGAUCUCAUAGAUUUCGGUCAGCACGACGAUCAGCGUUUUGUGCCACAGCAGCAGCAGCCACCGGGCCAAACACAUUUCCAGCCGCAGCCCUUAGGCCAGACACACGUUCCGCAGUCGCAGCCAGCGCACCCUCCCGGGUCCAACAGGCUCGCGAGAAAAGAUUCCGAGACUGCGGAUGUUGAUGAGUUCGUGGAUGCUGAAUCUUGA